ACACGUUUUCGGACACGCGAACCCGAACCCAACCCGUUUCGACCCGUAUCGUGUCGUAUCGUAUCUCUUCUUUCUAUUUCAUUUCCCCCCCUUUUCAAAACCCUAACCCUAGAAAUUUCUUCACACAGCAAAAUUUCAAGAAAAAAUGUUGGAAUUACGAUUAGUACAAGGAAGUCUUCUGAAGAAGGUUCUAGAUUCUAUCAAAGAUUUGGUUACCGAUGCAAACUUUGAUUGUUCAGCCACUGGUUUCUCUCUCCAAGCUAUGGAUUCCAGCCACGUGGCACUCGUUGCGCUUUUGCUACGAGCAGAGGGUUUCGAGCAUUAUAGAUGUGAUAGGAAUAUUUCAAUGGGGAUGAAUCUUACUAACAUGGCGAAAAUGCUAAAAUGCGCUGGAAAUGAUGAUAUUAUUACUAUUAAGGCUGAUGAUGGAAGUGAUACUGUUACUUUCAUGUUUGAAAGUCCCAACCAAGACAAAAUUGCGGAUUUUGAAAUGAAGCUGAUGGACAUUGACAGUGAGCAUUUGGGGAUUCCUGAAGCUGAAUACCAUGCCAUUGUGAGGAUGCCUUCAGCUGAGUUUGCCAGGAUUUGUAAAGAUUUGAGCAGUAUUGGCGACACUGUUGUGAUCUCUGUAUCAAAAGAAGGUGUUAAAUUCUUCACAAGAGGUGAUAUUGGAGCUGCUAACAUUGUUUGCAGACAGAACACAACAGUUGAUAAGCCUGAAGAAGCCACAGUCAUAGAGAUGAAUGAGCCCGUUACACUGACCUUUGCGCUAAGAUACAUGAAUUCUUUCACCAAGGCAACACCCCUUUCGAACACUGUCACACUCAGCCUGUCUUCAGAGCUUCCUGUUGUUGUCGAAUACAAGAUCGCAGAGAUGGGGUACAUCCGGUUCUACUUGGCUCCUAAGAUUGAAGAGGAUGAGAAUGAAUCAUAGUUUUAGUAUCAUAAGUCUUCAUAUCUCUUGCUUCAUGCUGUAAGGUUUGUUCUAAUCUUAGAUAGUUGUUUGAUUUCCCAGUAUUUUCUCAUGCGUUGUUGCAUGAAUUUGUAAAACUUUGAGAGCGCAAGAUAAUUUCUUCGCUGUUUAUUUUCUUUUUUAAAAUCUCCGAUUAGUGCAUACUGUGUUUAGGCUGUUAUAAUGGUUGCGCAAGUAUGUUCCAUGUUUAGAAGCUUCUUAGUUUUUAGUGUAUGUAUCGGAACAACUUCUUACCGCUUUGUAGUUUGUUACUCGUGUUUCAUAAUAUUUGACUACUUUAUUACUCUAA